GCUGGCGAAGGCGGGACUUCCGCCGGGAGCGGGUCUCUCAUGCGAGCGGGGUGUUGCUGCUUCUGGAAUCAGAGACGUUUUGGGCCCCAAGUCCCGCCGCCGCCUCCUUCUCCACGCCCCCCCUUCCCCGCCGCUGCCGCCGCCUCCUCCCCCGGGCCCCGCUCUCCAUUCUCCUCCUCCUGGGAUCCGGCAGCAGCGAGGCCCUGGUGGUGGCGGCGGCGGAGACAGGCCCCGGCCCCCGCGGAGACCCCGGCAGGAGUGAGAGGCCCCGCACACCCCAAUAGCGGCCCCGACCUCAGCGGAGACGCGAGCGGCGAGAGGCCCGGGCGGCAGUGGCUGUUGGUGACAGCUUACCAAGGUGGCCAGUAAAGUUCUCUCUGAGGAGCCAAGAAGCAGACAGCUCAUGACUUCUGAUCAGGACACUAAAGUUGUGGCUGAACCGCAGGUGCAGCAAGUACAAGAAGUUAAAGACAGUUCUCAUCUAGAGUCAACCAAGGUUUCUGAGUUAAAUCCUAAUGCAAAAGUAUGGGGGAAUCAUAUGUUACAUUUGGAAGCUAGUGGUGCCACUGAUGGUAGCGUGAACAAAACCUGGGAAGAAAUAUCUGACCAUCCUCCAGAUUCCUGCAAAGAAGGACUGGAUGCCAAUGGUGAUGGUGACAAAAAGCAGCAAAAUGCAGUGUUAACAGAACUGCAAGAGCCAAUGCUAACAGUUCCAGGGUCGGACCAAAGAGAUAUGAACCCUUUGGCUCUUGAUAAUUCAGAGUAUGAAUCGAUACAUGAAACCACCCAGACAGGAGGAAAUGACCAAUUGCAGCCAGAAGGUCAGGAAGACCUACGAGAAGUGCUUAAAAAAACACUGGAAUUCUGCUUAUCUAGAGAGAAUCUUGCCAGUGACAUCCUUAUAUCACAGAUGGACAGUGAUCAGUAUGUGCCAAUAAUAACAGUAGCAAACCUUGAUCAUGUCAAGAAACUCAGUACUGAUAUGGAUUUGAUUGUGGAAGUGCUGAGAUCAUUGCCUUUAGUCCAAGUGGAUGAGAAGGGAGAGAAAGUCAGGCCAAAUCAGAAUCGUUGCAUUGUGAUUUUACGUGAAGUACCUGAAUCUACACCCAUUGAAGAGGUUGAAGCACUCUUCAGGGGAGAUAAUUUGCCUAAAUUUAUCAACUGUGAGUUUGCCUAUAAUGACAAUUGGUUCAUUACAUUUGAGUCAGAAGCUGAUGCACAGCAGGCUUACAGAUACCUUAGAGAAGAAGUGAAAACUUUCCAAGGAAAACCAAUUAAGGCAAGAAUAAAAGCAAAGGCAAUAGCUAUAAAUACAUUUUUGCCAAAGAAUGGAUAUAGACCUCUGGACAUGAACCUCUACACACAACAGCGUUAUACAGCAUCCUUUUAUUUACCUCCAGUAUACAGUCCCCAACAACAGUUUCCUCUGUACAGCUUAAUUGCCCCACAGACCUGGUCUACUACACACAGCUAUCUUGAUCCAACAUUGGUAACACCAUUUCACAGUGCUGGAUUUAUCAAUGGGUUUACAUCACCAACCUUCAAGCCCCCUGCUUCUCCAUUGACUUCACUCAGACAGUAUCCUCCCAGAAGCAGGAAUCCUAGCAAAUCACAUCUACGGCACACCAUACCCAGUGCAGAAAGGGGACCUGGGCUUCUAGACAGUCCUACAAUAUUCAACUUUUCUGCUGAUCGUUUAAUUAAUGGUGUCAGGAGUCCACAGACAAGGCAGCCAGGGCAAAACAGGACACGAAUGCAAAAUACUACUACAAAUUAUACCAAGAGGGAUAUAGGAACUGGACGAAUGGAACAGACUAAUAUUGACUCUUCCCCUGGCUUAGGAAGAGGAAGGAAAAAUUCAUAUGGCUAUCGAAAGAAAAGGGAGGACAAGUUUACAAGAGGUCAAACGCAGUCUCCGCCACCUCCAAAGCCUCCAUCUCCUAGUUUUGAAUUGGGAUUAUCCAGCUUCCCUCCAUUACCUGGGGCUGCAGGCAAUUUGAAGACUGAAGACUUGUUUGAAAACAGAGUGUCCAGUGUCAUAAUGGGAACGUCAAAGGAAAGAAACCUAAAUGUGGAUGCAAGUACAAACACUAUUCCAUCAGGAAUUCCUCGAGAGCCAUUGUUGCCAGCAUCUCCUGCUCUGUCUGGGACGUUUGAAAGGUCUCCUUCCCCAUCCCAGUCUCCUGAUGACUCCAAGGUUGUCGAUAAGCAGCAGAGAGAGACACAAAGUAUGGAAAGACUUUCUUCCAGGCUCAGUACUGCAUGUAAAUCAGUACAAGUCAAUGGGGCUGCCAUAGAACUACGAAAACCUAGUUAUGCAGAGAUUUGCCAGAGAACAACUAAGGAUCCACCUACGUUGCAGCCCCAGAAAGAACAGAAGCCAAACACUGUAGCUUGUGGGAAAGAUGAAAGAAAACCCACAGAAACAAUAGAGAAAAACAGAGAACCUCCUCCCACAAAGUCAAAUCCAGGACAGCCCAAAGACCAGAGGAGACAGUCAGGGCGCAGAUCGCCCCCUCCAGCCAUUGGGAAACGUUUAAAUAAAGAACAGAACACCCCCCCAAAGUCUCCUCAGUGAAACUAAUGCUUGGGAGGGGGUUGAAAAGAGUUCUACUUCCCACAAAUUAAAACCCGUGUUCCCACUUGGAGUACAGAGAAUGAGUUGCUGGUUAGGGAGCUUGCAGUGCUGCUAGGCAUAUAGAAUGCCUGCAAGCUUUUUCUUCUAUGAAAUAAUUUUUUUACCCUCUUGAGCAAACAUUCUAUUUUUCCAGGAUUUAAUUGAUCUAAACCUUAUGUUUAGGUUGGUGCUUAACUGGAGGUGAUGCUAAGUCUGAUUAUUUUCAAGAUAGAAAAUGUGUUAUCUUAAAAAAAUCAAUUUUUUUAUCAAGCCUCCUUGUGGCAAUGUGAAUACAAGCUCAAUAUAAUGAGUAUUCCUGAACUAUUAAGCAGAACUGUGUUGCUGCAAUUUUUUAAUGAACUGGUCUGCAAGUAACUAUAUCUCUAAAAUGUCCAAAAGACUGAUAAUGGCAGCUAGCGUACAGCAUGAAAAAAAGUGUAUCGUACAAAAUAGUAUGAAUAUGACCUUAAGGAUUUUUUUAUUGGGCUGCUGUUCCAAGUAUCAGUUAAUAAACUUGCACUUUUAGGUUAAACUAAUAGUUAAUUAUAGCAUUUUUUAAAAACUAAUCUUUUUUGAUGUCUUCUGCAAAAAAAGUAAGUCCUCCAGAGAGCACCAGUAGAGAAUUUUCUAAAAUAUUUGUGUUUUGAUGUAUUGCAAGCAAGUAACCAGCUUCUCACUCCAGAAUAAAAUGAAUACUAUAAUUUGCAAAUACAAAGCACAUUGUGAAUAGAAAAAAAAUUGAGGUUGUGAGCUUAUAUAGUGGGGAAGCCUGCUAAUGGCUGUUAUCACAAGAAAGCACAGUAGUGUUCUUGUGAUGAUCUAAACUUCCCCCUCACCAGGAUGGAGUUAACUAGUCAUUACUGUACUUCCUAGUUUAUCCCUGAGCUCAGUGUAGACUUUUUUUUUAACUUGGCCCCAAGUGCUCUUUGAAAGAGUUCAUAUCUUAGUCAGCCUAGUGUUGACGUCUUCCUGUAACUACAAGCAUUGGCAUGUGGAUUUAAUUUUUUCAAACCUUGAGAUAAUGGUAUUUGGUUUUUGUGGUGGAGGAAGAGAUCCCUGCUAUUUACCUCUGGGAUGAGGUUUCUCACACUUAUAUUUACUUUAGAAGUGAUGCGCUUUCUGAAGGACAAGGAUGCACUAAAUUAGCAAGCUUCUGAUAAAGUUGAAUAUAAAUUAUUUUUGUUUUAAAAUGCCUAAAAAUUUUCUUUAAGUGUUUAAAUAGCAGGCAGGUCAGAUAAACUUCUUUCCUGCUGAAUAUAACAGUACAGUUUAUUCCACAAAAAUGUUUGUUUAAACAACUGAUUUUUUUAAAGAAUUAUUUCCAUCCAAUAUUUAAAGACUUGAAUUUUAUUUAAACUUGAAAAUGACUUUGCCUUAACUUUUGUAUAAGACAGCUUAGACUUAAUGAAGUCUGACCCCCUUAAGGGUUAGCAUGAGUUAAUUACAGAAUUACUCAGUUACAGUAUGUAUCAAUUGUCACUGGUCUUACUGGGUAAACAUACUGUAGUACAGGAACUAGCAGCAGUUUUUGUAAUAUACCUUAAAGAUCUUAAACAGUUGAUCUUUUUCAGAUUGUUGAAAAAUCUGUAAAUGCAAAUAGUCAAUACUGUAUUAAAUAUGUGCACUUGGAAGUGUGUGCUUUGCUUGUACAGUUGUAAAUAAUCAGAACAUAUAAAAAGGUACCCUAAAGAAAAAAAACUGAUAAAAAUUAUUGAUAUAUUAUAAAUGUUGCUGUUGAGCUGGAUGUAGAUAAACUAAAUGUUGUGGUUUGAAUAUUACUUUAAUUUGUUGUUUUUUGUUUCUUUUAUUUUAUUCUGGUGUGCUGAACUGACUCUGCCUCUUCACUGCAAAAGGGAAAUGGAAAGAAGGUCUUAUUUCAAAGCCCUCUAAUGUUUUCAUAAUAGUCUCUCUCAAAGUGUGCAUUUCAACCAACAGGUGUUCCGUAACAUCCUGUAAAUAGUAAACUCUGGCAGUCUAGCAGUUGAACUGAAAUUUUAAAAAUCCCAGUAAUAAAAUCAAAUUCAUUGGGAUAAUAGUUCAAGUCUCCAGGAAGAAGCUUAUUUGAUCGCCUCUUCCAGGGAGAGUAUCCUUGCUUACCUAGAUGGAUAAUAAGCUUGAAUAUGGCUGUGUGUAGUUUAAAAAAAAAAAAACACACAAAACAAAAAAAUUAAUUUCCUAGCAGUUUUUAUACUGCAGAUAUCUGAUGACAAUGAAUUGACCUUUUUAAAUCCAGCCUGCCUUGUACUGCAGAGUUGGUUAAAAUGGACAAGAUGGGAUGCUUGUUCCUUGGUUAAAAAGCACACUUUUUGAAUUCUGUUGGAGGAGCUAAGACUCUGACAACAGUGAACAUCACGAAAAUUUAGAAACUAGUUCUGUCAUUGGAUUUUAAUAUUCUUAUCCUUUCCCCAGUGGGCAGUGAAAAUGGCAGCUAGACUUGUAUAUGGUUUAGGCCAGCUGUGUGAUUUGUUGGUUGCCUGCUGAAAGUAUGAACCUCAACAGCUGCAAACAAUACAAAACAGUCACUUACAGCAACAGUGUACAGCUAAUCAUAAUAGCCAACUGGGACAUAAGGUAAUAUAUUGAGACCAGCGGAUUGUGUUGUGCUGUUCAAAUGUAUUCUGCUGCCAUUUGUACUAGGUCAAUACACUGUAAUUACUGCUUACCCAGCAACAGUUUGUUGCAACAGGAGUUUAAAUCUUGCUCUGAUGUGGUUUUAUAGCUUUUUAAAAAUAAGCAAAAAUGACCUGCCAAGUAGCUGUAUAUAAUAUACAAAAACUUAUCUUUGCUGCAUUUACUUUGAGAUUUUUCCACUCAGUGACAAAAUGAACUUUCAGAGUAGAAAGUUGUGAUGUUGCAUGCAGACUGUUGCUAUGGUUCCUAUAGCUAUUAACAGGUGGCUUUUAAAAAGUGAAAAGGAAAAAAUCCUCCCAGAAAGCAAUAUCUGAGUUACAGGUUCAGAGAUAAAGUAAUUAAAAUUGGCAUUUUAACUUGUAGGAUUGUGUGGUGAUGCUUUUCAUUUGGAAGUAUAAAACAGGUUAACACAGGAUCUAUCUGUAUUUGAAACAAAGGUUGCUUUUGAGACAUAAUGUGAAUUUCAUUUCAGAUCAGUCCCCACCAUGAUGACAUAAUUUGCCACUUAGAAAUCAGUGGAAAGUGGCAAACUUCUAUGUUGCUGCAUUAUCUUCUGAAGAUUCAGCAGUUAAUAUGGAAAGGCCCUUGUUUGUGGGUGCGAUGCAGUGUAUCACAAGCAACAGCUGACUGUAAUGGUGCAUACCUAUCUCUAUAUCUCCUUCAGCUAGCGACGGUUAGGGAUUUUUAUGUGCUAUGUAACCUAUUACACUAAUAGCAGCAGACAAUCGAAGACUUUCAAGGAGAGCUAACAGCUGCCAAUUCAUGACAUAGAAGUGUAAUAUGGAAGCUUUUUUGAGGGUUUUUGUUUUUGUUCUACUUCUUCCAUUAAGACUGGAAUCAAGCUUACAUGUAAACUCUUGGUAAUUUAAGUUUCCUUUUGUGUCAUAAAAUGUAAAACUGUCUAAUUUGAAAAAUAUGUAGGUUAUGAAAAAUAAAGAUUUAGGCACUGUU